AUGGCGGCGGAGAUGGUGCUGAGCCGCCGGCCCAGGCAGCCCCGUGGUGAGGUGCUGAGCGAGGCUGACCUGGAGGAGCUGAGCUGGGUGCUCCCGACAGGGCUGCAUCUCUGGGUUCCCCUGCUGCCUUGCAGCCCUGGAUCCUCUGUGUUCAGCCCUAGUUCCCACUCCUUCCUCGGCAGGUGUUCAGCCUCCACUGCUAAGUCCCUGCUCUUCCGCUUCUUACCUGUCCUGCGCUGGCUGCCCCGUUACCCCGUGAAGGACUGGCUGCUUGGGGACAUUCUCUCAGGCUUCAGUGUGGGCAUCAUGCACCUGCCCCAGGGGCUCGCCUAUGCACUGCUUGCUGGGCUACCACCUGUCACCGGCCUCUACUCCUCCUUCUACCCCGUCUUCCUCUACUUCUUCUUUGGGACGUCCAGGCACAACUCCGUGGGUCCCUUUGCUGUCAUAUCCGUCAUGAUUGGCAGCCUGACAGACUCCUUGGUGCCCAGCGAGGACUUUAUGGAGUUAGUCAAUGGCACCAAUGAAACAGCAGUCAAUGAGGCACAGCGGGACGCUGCCAGGGUGGAGCUGGUGGCCACCAUCACAGUCCUGACAGGUAUCUUCCAGGUGGCCCUUGGCCUCCUGCAGUUUGGCUUUGUGGUGACCUACCUCUCAGACCCACUGGUGCGUGGCUACACUACUGCCGCCUCCGUGCACGUCCUCAUCUCCCAGCUCAAGAAUGUCUUUGGGGUCUCCCUUGGCGAGCACUCAGGGCCACUCUCAUUGUUCGUGACUUUCAUUGAGAUCUGCAAGAAGCUGCCGGAGACCAAUGUGGGCACCUUGGUUACAGCCAUCAUUGCCAUGGUGGCCAUCUUCAUCGUGAAGGAGCUCAACCACAAGUUCUCUGCCAAGCUCCCGAUGCCCAUCCCCAUCGAGCUCAUCACGAUCAUUAUCUCCACCGGCAUAUCCUAUGGUGUCAACCUGAACUCCAAGUUUGGCAUCUCUGUGGUGGGCGACAUCCCCAGUGGGUUGAAGCCACCUGUGGUCCCUAACGCCAGCUACUUUGGGCAGGUGGUGGGCAAUGCCUUCGCCAUCGCCGUGGUGGGUUAUGCUAUCUGCAUCUCCCUGGGUAAGAUUUUUGCCCUGAAGCAUGGCUACAAGGUGGACAGCAACCAGGAACUGAUCGCUCUGGGCCUCUCCAACUUCCUGGGGGGCUUCUUCCAGUGUUUUGCUAUCAGCUGCUCUAUGUCACGGAGCCUGGUGCAGGAGAGCACAGGGGGAAACAGCCAGGUGGCUGGUGUCAUCGCAUCCCUAGUUAUCCUGGUAACCAUACUGAAGAUUGGAGAGCUCUUCCAUGACCUGCCCAAGGCCAUCUUGUCUGCCAUCAUCAUCAUCAAUCUCAAGGGCAUGUUCAAGCAGUUCAGAGACCUCUACACACUCUGGAAGUCCAACCGUGUGGACCUGAUGGUCUGGGUGGUGACGUUCAUAGCCACCCUCUUGCUGAACCUGGACAUUGGCCUGGGAGCCUCAGUGGCCUUCGCAUUGCUCACUGUCAUCUUCCGGACCCAGCUUCCCCACUAUUCCAUCCUGGGGCGUGUCACCGACACUGAUGUCUACAAGGAUGUGGCUGAAUAUGAGAAGGCACAGGAGGUCCCUGGUAUAAAGAUCUUCCGCUCUUCCUCCACCAUCUAUUUUGCCAACGUGGAGAUGUACUCCGAUGCACUGAAGAAAAAGAGCGGCAUCAAUGUGGAUCGCCUGAUUGAGAAGAAGAAGAAGGCACUCAAGAAACUGAAGAAACAGCAGAAGAAAGCAGAGAAGGAGAAGGCAAAGAGGAAAAAGGUGCUUCCCAGCACAUCCCUCUCGUGCCAUCCCAUACCACCUCCUUGCCUGGCCCCAGCCUCCUGCUGCAAUGGGCCAGGCGUUGCGGUGAUUGAGCUGAGCGGGGACGAGGGCAGUGCGCCUGCUGAACCCACCCUGCGCUCCCUGGGGCUGCCCCAGCCCGACUUCCAUGCCGUCAUCCUGGACUUCAGCCCCGUGAACUUCGUGGACACAGUCUCCAUCAAAAUCCUGAAGAACAUCUUCAGGGAUUUCCAUGAAAUAGAAGUGGAUGUCUUUGUUGCCAGCUGCCCAGCGUCUGUCCUCGCCCAGCUGGAGCGGGGCAACUUCUUCAGCUCAACCAUCACCAAGCACUGCUUCUUCCCCUCGGUGAAUGACGCCGUGCUCCACCUCAACAGGGAGAAGUGCCCAGCCCCAGUAAGCACCCAGCCUCGCCGUCCCCACUGCCACCGCACAGUGAGGCGGCCGAGCCGACUUCCCUCUCUGCCCUCCCCAGGUGAACCUCAGCACCAAAAUGUAGCCCUGCAGAAGAGACGACUCCUGAGGAGCAAGGCCGUGCCACUGGCAGGGCUUCACCACGUCCCUGCCCGCGGCCCGGAGCCUCUGUGUGGGGACAGCGCGGUGUGCCUGGAGCCAGCCUGCCCCAUGCCUGGGGGGCGGCGAGAAGCCCCAGCAGCCGGCAGCGGGCUGUCACCACGGCGAGGGCCCGGCGAGCAGUACAGCUCCAUCCCAGCGCGGUUUCCUCAAUAAAGGCGUCCUCAGCCCACUAGGCCUCAUCUGUGCAAACGGCGGCGCUGCUGGGCCAGCUGUGGCCCGCCGCUCCCUAUGGGCGGCCCCAGGCUCACCGCAGCCACCGUGUCUCCCUUGCCGUCGCCCAAACCUACCCCGGGCAUAGGCACAAGCCGGGGACCCCGCCCCUGUCCCGGUGGCCGUGCCCAGCACCGGGCCCUGCUCCGCGCCCUUUCCGUCAUUGCGCC